AAGAGAGUUUGCAUGGUGAGUUCGUCCAAGUCAUCAUUGAGCGACUCGGGCAAUGGAGAUCAAGAAAACCUUUCGUCUUCUUGCACUCGCUCUCUCUCUUCUCAUGAUUGAAAGAUCGAUGGCAUCCCGAACUCUGGCCGAGAAUAAUCCUCCUCCUGACAUGGACGGCAGUAGGUUCCUCCCGAGCGGGAGCGUGGCCCCCAGGGAUGGCUCUCACAACGGCGACAGUUUGGACCAGGGUAUGGUCCUGGUGCCUCCGCCCACGAAGAAGACCACGAUGUCGCAAGCGGGUGCACCGGACAAGUCUGCAAGCGCCGUCGUGGUCUCCCCGACCGAUGCUAAAGUCAAUGUCUCGACCGCCGUCUCUCCUACAAGCGCCACUUCGGAAGCGAGCGUCACCAGCAGUAGCUACGCUUCAAGCACCGCCAGUGCAAGCAGCUUCAGUACCGUCAGUGAAAGCAGCAGCGCCACUUUUACUAAAUUUCCUUGAUGGGUGCCUAAUAAAAAGCAAAGAUUCUUGAUGAUUGUUGUUUUCUUUUCUUUCUUCUGGGGUUGUUCUCGCUCUUGUUGGAUUGAAGUGAUGCAUUCUUUCGUUGAGUUUGUGUCAAACUGUCCAGUUCACGUGUAACGUUGUUCUUAAUUUUGAAGUGAAUAUGUCUCUUUGUUUGAUAAA